UUGAGUGCUUUAGAGCAUAAAAUACAGGAGAAGCGCUUUGGUUUACAGUUUUCAGCUUCCCACCUUUUAAAGCAGUUGCUUGAGGAUUAUGGCGAAAUAGAUGCGGCUCGGCAUCUGCGUCAUGUCCGUGAAAGUAUUCAGCAAGCCAUAGAAACACAGCAGGUGGCGAACUGUAAUUAUGUCGAUGAUAACCGCCGUCGAAGUACGAUAGAGAUCCUCAGUCUGGCUUUCAAUAGUAAAGCAGAUUUAUACCUCUCCCAAUUAAGCCCAGACAAUCUCGCCGAGAUGCUGCAGGCCUUAAAGAAUGAUUAUGAUGAAGAAAGCGAUACCCUGGAAUGGAUCAUCACGAUUUAUGUGUAUAUGGAGCCAGCUUACGAAGAUAUUGUGGAUCUGGAGCAAUGGUUCAGUAAAAUCGCUGCACAAUUUCAGGGCGAAUAUGAUGGCUGGGGUUGUAUGGCCUACGUCUAUGACGAUGAGCUGGAUGAAGAAGAAAGUAGCCUGCGCAGCAGCUGA